AUGGGCGAGGAACAAUGGGCACGCAAGGGCGCGGCAGCGGACGAGAUAGAGUGGACGUGCGAGCAGGCGAGAGAGAGAAUGGGCGUUCCGCGCGCAAGCAGAGCAGGUGGGCGUCGGUCCACGUCCACAGCAUGCACGGUGCACCCGCACACGCGUCGGCCGCUUCACCUCGGACAUCUCCCGCGCAUCGGCCUCCACAUUGGAAGAGAUUAUGUUAGGAAUCGGUAUGGUGGGCGACGGUGUGCGCAAAGGGAGGCGACGGUGUUGUUGUCUUCCGGCGAUGCCCAUUGUCUUCGCACAGUGGGCAUGAGCUGUUGCGCGCUCGGCUUGUCGAUGCGUUGGCGGAGUGAUGGCAGAUGUGAUGUGCGACAGCACCAGGAUGAGGCCGAGGGCUGGGUGGCGUUGGGAGGAGGAGACGAAGGACGACCGUCGACAAGCCAGGAGCUCAGCGCUCAAGCUUCAAGCUUCAAGCCUACUGACCCCCUCGCCCUCGUGCCCUCGCGCCGUGGGAUGGUCCAGGAGCGCGUGCGUUGUGCGGACCCACCACGCUUUGUCGCCUGCCACGCUCGCCCACCACAACGCUUGCCCGCGCGCCACGCCACCCUGCCCUAUCACGCCGCCGUGUCCACCCAUCGCGUAUGUCCGCCCAUCGCGUGCAUCCGCCGAGCCCUCACCGCAGUGUCGCGUUGCCCGCAACACGCGCCGUCGCCCUCGGCACUGCACAUGGAUCGUCCUGAGCGCAACCGGUGCAGCUCAACCGCAGACCCGGCGCGGCCAACGCCGUCCAGGCGAGACACUAGGCCGUUCCUCUCCGUAUCAGUGGCCACGACAUCGCUAUCCUGCUCGCCCUCGCUACUCAGCGCCGCCCAGUUGCCCACCACGCGCUCCUCGAGCUGUGCGAUCCAUGCGCCGCGCUUCUGUAGGAAGCUCCCGAUCUCUCGCGCGUACCACCAGCCGACAGGGUCCGUCCUGUUCUACAGCAUCAUUUUCAACCCCGGCAACACCAUCUUAUUCUUGGAUCGCUUCGAGCAUGCGCGGGAGGAUUGGACAGAGCAGGAGCGUCUGAAGGAGUGGGCAGACUACAGAGUCUAUGAUCAUGAUCAUCUCUUUCGAUACCAAUAUCAACACUACUACGGCAUAAACCAAAAUACAGCCGCUAUGGGCGGCCGCUAUGCCCGAAAUUCCUUUUUCCUGAUGGGGGCUAUUGCCCACAAGCUGGCUUCCAGAGACGUGCUCCUCUUCGGGACGCGUCAUAAUGUCCAGGUCUACAACGCGCGCAACGCGAUGAAACCCUGCACCAAGUGCUGGCGAUGGGGUCACGGUAGUGACCGAUGCACGCAACAGAAGCUUUGCUGCCCCCUGUGCGGCGAGCAUCACACCGAGGAAGCGCACGCGGCGGAGGCCUCGUGCUGCACCGAAGCGCGGUUCUGGACGGAUGACCUUCCGGUUUGUCCCUCCAGUGAUGUCAGUUUAAGUGCAUCUACUUUCAUUCAUUAA